GUGGGUGGGUGUUCUGACGAGAGGUCAGUGGGCAAGGGGUUCUCAAUGUUGGGUCGGGCGCCGCUCCGAGUCGCGGGAGGCGGGGGUUUCCUGAAAUAAACCGCACUUGGCAGCAGAUAUUUUUCUUACAUUCCGGAGCUGAGUUUAACAAGGAACAGAUGUGAGCGAAAGAGAAAAACAGAGCGGCGGGAGACAUCGAGGGAAACAGAGGAGGCGGCGGGUCGGAGGAAGCGGCGAGAGCUCAACGCCAGACUGGAUGAAAGUUCGUCGAAGAUCGGGGAAGUUGUGAUCCGGGGCGUGGGUCGACGUUCGGGGACAGCGGGAUGCCGAACUUCGCCGCCGCUUUCUACCUCGUCUCCCUCUUGCUCUGUGCCGGUGGGGUGAGUUACUCCCAGAGGUACAGCCUUUACUCCGGCGGAACCGGGCGGCAGAACGCACAGGACAGUCAGCCGGGAGUGGGACCCCGGGCCACCAGCAGAUACAGGAACUGGUGUGCUUAUGUAGUGAAAAGAGUGGUGUCCUGUGUCAUAGAGGAUGGUGUGGCAACAUAUGUCAAGCCAGAGUAUCACCCCUGUGGAUGGGGACAGAUCCAAUGCCCACGGACAGUGAUGUAUCGUUCCUUUAUGAAGCCCCGAUACAAGGUCGCCUACAAAGUGGUUUCGGAAAUGGAAUGGAGGUGUUGUCAUGGUUAUUCUGGAGAUGACUGUUCAGUGAGUACACCUGGACUGACUGAGGAAGAGAAUCCCAGGCCCAGCACCAGGAAACCAAUAGGGUCACCAGAGGAAGGUAGAAGCAACUCGGAAAAAUCUCGUCAGAUGGAAGAGAAGGUCCAGAGGCUGACCCAGCAGGUUCAGAGCCUGCAGUCCACCAUUGAAAGCAUGAAUGAGAAAUUCCAGGAAGAAAUGCAGAAAGUGAUUGAGAGAGCACUGAAUGGGAAGCAGCCAGCUGAUGCUGCCUCUCACCCAGACAUGAAGGAGACCAUCAGUGAGAUUCAGAGCAAACUCCAUCAAAUUGACAACCGAGUGAGGGAGCAUGAUAGUGAGAUUGAUUUCUUAAAUACCAUCAGAACAUCUGGAACAGGUGGUACCAGGUCUGAGGUUGGCCAGAAGUUGUCUGACCUGAAGGAAGAGCUUGUCCGGGAGGUGGAACUGCGGAUUCAGAACUCCUGUUUCUCUUGUCGAGCUGACAUCGAGCUUCUCCGACAGCAGCAGGAGAUGUUCAGGCAGAGACUCCGAGAGCUGGGCAGAAUAUUCAAUGGGACCGAGCAGCAUAAUCGGCUUCUCAUAGAAGGCAUGCACAAGCACAUUAGUGGGCUGACUGGGUCUAUGGAUGACUCCUGCUGUAACGAGAUAGAAGGCAUUAAGACGAAGGUGGAGGAUGUAGAAGGCAAGCUGGUGUCUGUAUCUGACGUGGUAACUGGAUUGGAACAGAGGUUACACAGUAAAUCUCUGUCUCCUGAUUCCACUUCAAGCACCACUCAGUGGGAUGAUCAGUACCAUAAACAAUUACAAAAUCUUGAACAAACACUGAAUCUGACCGAGAUGAACCUUGAAAAACGCUUCGUGUCCCACCUCAAGAAUCUGAGACAUGAAUUUGGGGAUAGAUUCCAUGAGAAUGAGGAACGAAUCAACACAGUGGUGUCUGUCCUUGGCAAUGCCACAGUCUUUGAUGACUGGCUUAAAGAGACUGUUGAUGGAUUAGGUGAGGAGGUCACAGAUUUGAAAAAGAAGAUGGAGGCAGAUGGACAAAGCCUGGGGUCAGUGGUGAGCCAACUGCAUGAGCUGGAGUCCAAGGUGCAAGUGGCAGUCAGUGGCUGUGCUCAAAACUGUAACCCUUCACUUCUCACACAGUAUGGCCAAGAUACUGCUGAGAUGGCAGAAAUUUUAACAAAGCUGGAGAUAAAGAUAGCAGAGAAUGAAUUCAACAUUCAGGACAUUGGGAAAAGGGUGCACAACCUGACCAUAGGAGGAAAUUCAUUGAGAAACAGACUGCAACAGUUUGGGGAGGAAGUCAAGCAGUUGGAAUCAAUGACUCAUUCUAAUGAGGGCCAAAUGAAUCUCAUUAACUCCGGCCUCAAGGACUUGGAGGGUAAACUGCAGACUUCAGCUGAGACCAGUUUUGCAAUCUGUAACACCAUUAAAGGUGAAGUCCUUUGGGGCAGGAAUGAAACAAAGAGUCAAAUUAACAAACUGACUGAGGAGCUGGAAGAAGUGAGGCAGAGAUUCAACCAUUUGGAGAACGAAUGCAGUCCUUCCUGUUCAGGAUUUCAGGCAGAAUUGGACAAGUUGAAAGAGGUGCUCAGUGACCCUGCCAAACAUUACAAGGACCUGCUACUUAAAAUAGAAAACUUCAACGAUACCCUCAAAAGGUUUGGAAUGUUUGGUGGCAACCUGGGUGUUGACUUAGGAUCAAUAAAUGGGGAGCUGCGAGAUGUCAUAUUAACUUUCAACUCAGUAAAUAACACUUUGAUGGCCCUCGAGGACAUUGUUCAUCAGCAAGGCCACAACACAGAUACAUUGAACACGACCCUCUCCAUAACUACCAACAAACUGAUGACAGAUAUCAGCAAGAUACAGGAGAAGAUAACUGAUCAUGUUGAGGACACUGGCAAUAAGUUUGUCACUUUCCAGAAUGAAUUAGGAAAGUUCAGAGGAUACAUGAUGGUGGAGUUUAGGGAAUGCAAAGAUUCUGGUGAAGGGCUUGAACAACGAGUGUCUAAUCUGGAGAAAGUCUGCAACCAGUUGGAUUCUGUCCAACAGAGUUUGGAGAAAAUCAAAGAGGGUUUAAAUAGACAUGUUUCCAGCUUAUGGAACUGUCAGCGGGACCUCAAUGCCACAUUGAGGAGGCACUCUGGCGUGUUACAAAAUAUCAAGGAUACUCACCUGAGAAACCUAAACAAGAAAAUAUCAUUGCUGAAUCAUUCUAUGUCUGAGAUGCACGCUGAAAUUUAUAACUUCACCACACAGGACUUCAUUGGUAUUGAAGGACCUCCUGGACCACCUGGACUACCUGGACUACCUGGACCACCUGGACCACAAGGUCUCCCCGGUGUACCUGCCUAUGUUGAGCGGGUUUCAUUCUCGGCAGCACUCACCACCCCACAACACAACCCAGGGACCAUUCUGUUUGACAAAGUGCUGGUGAAUGAAGGAAACCAUUAUGAUCCAGGCACAGGUACGUUCACUGUCCCAUUGGAUGGCCGUUACUUCAUCAGCGCUAUUCUGACUGGACAUCGCAAUCAACGUAUUGAAGCUGUCCUCGCUAAAUCCAACAUAGGGCUGGCAAGGAUUGACUCUGGGGGCUUCCAACCUGAGGGGCUGGAGAACAGGCCAGUGAUAGGACCCCAACCUGCAUCAGGUUCUCUAGGCAUUUUCAACAUAAUUUUACCUCUCAGCCAAGGAGACACAGUUUGCAUUGACCUUGUGACUGGCAAACUGGCCCAUUCUGAUGAACCCUUGACUAUCUUCAAUGGGGUUCUUCUGUACGAGGACAAGGACAUUUGAUGGAUGGUGUCCCUUGUCAUUGCUCUGUGCUUGAGGUGGCGAAGUAUUUAUACACUAAUAUAUUCAGAGCAUCAUUCACAACUGGGAUUGAGAGCAAGAGUCCAAUCUCUACAUUAGUUUCUGCACUGCUGUUGAACUCUUAUUUAAUAUAAAGCAAUGUCUGACACCAACUGUUGCUGUGAGCUGAAGGCUUGGUGAUCAGUGUCCUCAAUCAGACUUUACACCUCCAUUUUAUCUUUUCAAGAAGACUCAAUUUUAAUCAAAGAUCCAAAACAAUCCAGUCACAAUCGAUCUGGAAUGUUGGCAGGGAGACAUCCUGAAUGAAUGAAAAGUCCCAUGUGCAGUGUUUGCAACAAGCAUCUCAGCUGAGACAGAGUUUGAAUGCGCCCAGGCACUGAUUCCAGGUCUGUCAAUUGCGACUAAGAUUUGCAUUGGAAACUGAGAUCACAGAUGACUGGUUAUAAAUAAAACAAACUCACUUGUUUAA